GCUUACGUGUAGCUCAAAACCGCAAUCAGAACCAACUCUCUGCAUCAUGUCGGGCGAGGUGAUUCGCGACACGCAGGUGGGCACUGAGGGCGAUGACGUGCCCGACCACCUGAAUGAGGGCCGCCAGCCUCAGGAGUACGAGGGAGCCGGCACUCACAGGUUUGAGACCCGCAUGAGCGAUGAGGAGAUCUCCAAGGGCAUCAGCCGCGAUGCCCGCCGCGCGGCCGAGUUGAUGAAGAAGCAGAUGGAGCAUGACAAGACCGCCGCCCCCGUGAGCCAGCAGACCAGCGAGCAGGCACAGCAGCAGGUGCCCGUGCGGGCCGCGGGAGCGGACGUGACGGACCAGCCCAGCAGCUAGGCGGCCCGCAAGGUGGGUGCAGGUGGGCGCGCGUGGCGGCGUGGGCAAGGCGCAUGCGGGUAGCGGUUGCAGAGACAGGCCGGACAGAUGUGAGGGGCGCCUGCAGCAGCAGCACGGUGGGUGACGGAGGGGGUGCGAUGUAUGGGAGGUGACAUUUUGUACCGUAUUCCUGUCUGGGCGCUUCAAUGCGCUAGAAUCAAUCCCAGUUUGGGGACAGGUUCGAUGUGUCGGGAUGUGUGGUGUGCGAGCUAUCCCAAGCUCGGCACGUGCUCAAGUGCUGUGCAGCUCUAGGGCAUAAGCUAAGCUCUAGGUGGUGAGAGGCAUCUGGCGUCAACUUGCAAAUCACUAGGCUUCACGUCAACGGGCAGUGCAGUGUGGGCGGCUGCCCGGGGCCUUAGCGCUGGUGCCUGUCCGGAUACUGACCGCACGUCGCAUGCCUCGCUAACCUGUGGGUGCCACGCCACCUGAUUCCCGCGCUUUCACCUCAUGCAGGAGGCACUUCCAUCCCAAAUGUCUCCUCAGCUGUCGCAGCAGUGCUAUGAGGCGUGCAAGAAGAGGAGCGGGACGGAAGAGGGCAGGUGGACGUGUGAGAAUUUGCGUAGAAAGGGCCGCCUCUGUUGCGUCAAAAAAUUGUACGUACUAAAGGGUUGCUGUAAUGCGACGUGUAGUUGUACUAGGAUGCGGCCUCACGGCCAAAGGUUGGAUGCGCUCGAGCGGCCGGGAGUUUGGCGGGUUGACGCGGG